GUGUGACGGCCAUUUCGCGAAGGACUGUCCUCGUUUGAACGACUACAAGUUCUACCUUGCAUUUGAGAACGGUGAUUGCCGGGAAUAUAUCACAGAGAAGGCGUGGUGGAACGCGUAUCACAAGGGAGCCGUUCCCGUCAUCAUGGGGGCUUCUCUGGAGGACUGUGUCCGUCUUCUUCCCCCUAAAUCUUACAUCCAUGUCAGGAACUUCUCGUCUCCCGCCAGUCUAGCCCGGUAUCUGCUCUACCUAAACGCGUCUCCUUCGGAAUACAACAACUUCUUUCACUGGAAGAAGAACUUCAAGGUUGUUAACGAACACGGCUACUUCCAGUCACCGGUGUACCACUACUGCAGACUGUGCGAGGCUCUCAAUUAUAAUGAUCCAGCACCAAAAGUGUACAAUAAACUGGAAGACUUCUGGGAUAGCAGCAGGGAUUGUUAUGAACCUGUCAUCUAG